AUUAACCGAUUAAUCACCUGCUAAUUAAAAGCGUCGCGAAUGGGUAGAAUUCCGGCUGCCCCCUUCACCGUGAAGCAAUGCCUCGUCCUGGCGGCCUUGUUCGCCGUGAUAUCGAGCACCGGUUGGGGGAGCAAGCUAAGUGAUCCGGUGACCAUGUCCAUGGCGGAGAGGCAUGAUCGGUGGAUGGCGGAGCACGGCCGUGUCUACCGCGAUGAAGCAGAGAAGCGGCGCCGCUUCAACAUCUUCAAGUCCAACGUCGAGCUCAUCGACUCGUUCAACGCCGCCGCCGGGAAGCACAAGUACACGCUGGGCGUCAACCAGUUCGCCGACAUGACCAACGAGGAGUUCAAAGCGUCCCACACCGGCUUCAGGAAUGUGAUCGCGGCGAGGCCGGUCAGGAAGGGAGGAUUCAGGUACGAGAACGUGUCGGCAACGCCGGCGAGCGUCGACUGGAGGGCCGAAGGCGCAGUCACUCCCGUCAAAGAUCAAGGGUCGUGCGGAUCUUGCUGGGCGUUCUCCGCAGUGGCGGCCGUGGAGGGCAUCACCAAGCUCACCGCCGGCGAGUUGAUCUCCCUCUCCGAGCAGGAGCUGGUGGACUGCGACGUCGAAGGCGGGGACGAAGGCUGCAGCGGCGGCCUCAUGGACUACGCGUUCGAGUUCAUCAUCGGCAACGGCGGCCUCGCCACCGAGGCCCAGUACCCUUACCAGGGCGUCGAGGGCGACUGCAGCGAGGAGAAAUCCUCCCCCUCCGCCGCCUCCAUCGGAGGGUACGAGGACGUGCCCGCCGACGACGAGGCAUCGCUCCGCAAGGCCGUGGCCCACCAGCCAGUGUCGGUGGCGAUAGAGGCCGGUGGGUUUGACUUCCGGUUCUACAACGGCGGCAUCUUCACCGGGGAGUGCGGCACUUAUCUGGACCACGGCGUCACCGCGGUGGGGUACGACGAGUCGAGCGACGGGACGAAGUACUGGGUGGUGAAGAACUCUUGGGGAGAAGAGUGGGGGGAGGAGGGCUACAUAAGGAUGGAAAGGGACGUGGACGCCAAGGAAGGGCUGUGUGGCAUCGCCAUGGAAGCUUCCUACCCAACUGCUUGA